AUCUUCUGUCCGUUUAUCGGUGUCUUUGCAUUUUAAGUCAUACGAUAUGCAUGAUUAUUAUGAUUUUGAACAUAUACGAGGCUAAAUUUAUGGACAAUAUUGCAUUAGUCAUUGAAUACGCCACCAUGUUUACGUUUGCCAUCAAUUCGGACAUUAAAUUUGUGACAUCGCUUCGUCUCGGAGCCAUCAGGAGACUCAAUGAAAACUUAAAAGCAAUCUAUCCACAACAAACUAUCGAAAGGAUCGAAUAUCUAGUGAAUGAAUUCUAUUGGCCACGACCGCUGCUUAUAAUGAUUAUAUUCUACUUCGUUUCUACGGCUAUGGUACUUGUUGGGCCAUUCUUUCAGUCGGUGUUUAUGUAUUUUUAUUAUCCAGGAAUUGAAUUUCCAUAUCUUCACUACUAUCCAUUCUUUCACUUUGAUCCUCAACAUCACACUGCUUGGCAUUAUUUAGGGAUCUAUUUAAUAGAAUGGCUACAUGCCUCUCACAUGAUAGUCUCCAAUAUGUCUACGGAUCUUUGGCUAGUGUGCUUUCAGAUACAAAUCUGUAUGCAUUUCAGUUAUAUAAAUCGAUCAUUCUCAAAUUUCGAACCACAUUCUGAAAAUGAUUUACAGGAUCGACAAUUUAUGGCUGAAUUGAUAACCAAGCAUAAUAUAUUAACUGAACUUCAAAACGACUUGAAUGGAAUUUAUGGAAGUUCAUUGCUUUUCACUAUGGUAACCACUGCAAGCCUCUUUUGCACAGCUGCCGUCAAUAUUCAGAUUCAGGGAUUUAGUCUGGAGGGAGUAACUCUUUUGAUGUUCAUGGUAAACACUUUGAGCACGGAUAUUGCAUUUUCUGCCUACAGUCACAAUUGGUCCGAUGCGUCCUUGUCGUAUAGAAAAUAUUUACUUAUUAUUGCAAUCAGAGCCCAACAGCCAAUCGAACUAAGUGCUAUGGGUUAUAUGCCAAUGUCGCAUGACACUUUUAAGCUGGUAAUGACUGUAAGCUAUCGCUUGUUUGCUCUGCUGCGUCAAAUGAUCCAGUAGAAAUAUAUGUAUGAAUUAGCCUUCUAAACUAAUCAAUGUUGUAUGUAGAAGUAGUGGGGCAUCAAAUAGACCAGACUAGACAAAGACGCUUAAAAAUGUACAAUCCUUGUUAUUCAUUAAUGAUUUCUGAUAGUUCUAGCAAUUUCAAUGUUACACAUUAGAAAUAUUUAUCAUGCAUGCUGCUUACUGUCAUAGUUGGCAAGAUGCAUAUCCUAUAAGAAGUUUAUCAUUAUUAUCAUUCGACGUGCUCAGGAACCUCUAGAGUUAAGUGCUAUGGGUUAUCUGCCCGUAUCCCAUGAGACCUUCAGGAGGCUAAUGAACAUUGCCCUUCGUGUAGUUGUCUGCAUUCGCCAAUUGAUUUAGACAUAAGAAUUAGACAAGAUUUUUUUCUGAUUAUGUAUAGCUUUAAUCACUCUCUAAUCACUACACCUAGGCACUAGCAGAAAUAACACAUUUCACUUGGGAUCUGUUGGCAAUUUGAAGCCCACCAAAUCUGCGGUCUCUUUAACCGUGCGCUCGCCGCGUCCAUGAUACUCCAUGUACAGCUCCUUGUAGUUCCUGAGGCUGUGCAUAUACAUAAACUUAUUUAUAGAGUUUUCUUUAA